AUGGCGACGGCUUCUCUUGCGAGAGGCUCCGAAGGAGGUGGUAGCCUGAGCCAAAGAGCAUCGAUUGCGAAGGAAAAGGGCCAAAGGGCAAUGAUGCUGAGCACCAAAGUUAGGAGCCUUCGGAAUCUCAUGGCUUCAAACCCCUAUCAGCUUGGAUCCAACCACACUUCUACUUUCGCCGAAGAAGAAGCAGCAGUCGAUAUUGAUGACAGCAUCAACGACAUUGAUGAUACAACGGUCGACCUGGACGACAAUGACGAAUUUGCCCUUCCUGACGACGAGCCCAAGCCGAAUAAGAACCAUAGCGAGGGACGCAGGCUAAGGUCGCCAGGGAGCCCAGCCAGUGUCAUCAGCGGGCACGACACGGUCUUUCGCAGCAUGGAAGAGGGACCCAAAGUUACGGAAUCGCCUACAAGCAGUAGCAGCACCAAAUCCAAACCCACUUGUCGUCGCAAGAGCUCCAAGACGGGCUCUGCUGGUAGAAAAAAAGCUGGGAGCAACUCGGGGAAGAGACACUCUCACCCGACAGCAGAAGAGCUGGGAUACGAACAAGAAGACGACGCUGUCGGUGCUAAGAAGCGAUCUUCUCAUCCAACCGUAGAAGACCUGGGUUAUGAAGACGUGGACGCCAAGGAGCCAAGGCGUUGCAGUACCGGUACCGGGGCGAGAAAGAGCUCACAUCGUCAGCCACCAAGUCCCGAAGAACUGGGAUACGAGAACACCAAUGCCGUUGGUCCUGUGCGGAGAAGGAAAAGUAAUGGGGUGAAAACAUCCCGACAACAGCGACGUCGUAGCAAGUCUGCUGCAUCAUCGGAUGUCGAGUCAAGCGACCUUGAAAUGGAUGACCAAGGUCCACGCAGGGAAAGGCGCGCUGGAAGGAAACCAACCAAUGCAAGACCGGCCGCGAGAAGAACACUUUCACGACGCUGCAGCACCGGGUCCAGUGACGAAGACUGGACGCCAGCACAGUCCGGCCGACGCAGGGCAGCAAAUCGUCGAAUGAGCACGGGAGUUUCGCCGAAGGAUGGCUCCCUGUAUGCCGCACACAGCGAAGACGAACGACUUGGAUCUGAGCCUGGCAAAGAAGGAGCUCGCAACAGCGGUGGCAAAACAGAUGAAACUGGAAAACCAAGUAGGCGAGAUGCCAGGCGAAACAGCCUGUUGUCAAGGGCUAGUAGUGUCGGUGUUGGGCUGGGUAGCAGCAGCAACGGAGCUAGCAACAGUGGCAAAACAGAUGGAAAACCAAGUAGGCGAGAUUCGAGGCGAAACAGCCUCUUGUCGAGGGCAAGUAGUGUUGGCCAUGGGCUCGGUGCCAACAACAACAAAACUCACGAUGAGGGCAAGUCAGAUGAAGUUGGAAAGCCAAGUAGGCGAGAUGCAAGGCGAAACAGUUUGUUGUCUAGGGCAAGCAGUGAAGGUCAUGGGCUUGGUGGCAGCAAAGAAGCUGUCAAUGAGGGUAACUCAGACGAAACCGGAAAGCCAAGCAGGCGAGAUGGGAGGCGAAACAGUUUAUCCAGGGCAAGCAGUGUUGGGCAUGGGCUUGGUGGUAGCAAGAAGGGUUGCAACGGUGUCACUUCAGAGGAGGAAGACAAAGGACAUAGUCACGGCAGGAAUCUCAAAACUCGGCGGACCGCGAGCGAACGAGCACUUGACGAAACAGACUCUCAGGAGAAGGCUUCCACGAAUCCUUCAUCCUCGGGUAAAGGCUUGAAGAGUAGCAGAAACGAGCGAAAGCAUGCCGCUCACAGGAAUCGUUCGAGGUUUGUCAACCAGAAAAGCUGCAAGUUGGCCCCAAUCAACCGCCGUUCCAAAUCGCUUCGAAACCUGAUGGGAGAAAGCUCUUCGACUAGUUCUAUCCUGAAAAUCGAUGGGCACUGCAGUGGUAGCGGCAGUAUCAGCAGCGUGACGAUGUCGACCGGGGUCGCCAGCAAGGAUGACUACAGCAUCUCUUCAAAAGGCCCUGAAUCGUUCCAAAGAGCAAAGUUGUCCUCUUGUCCCAGCAAAGAGUCAACAGGACCCGAACGUCGCGCUUCAGCCUUGUCUCGGUGGCAAUCCGAUCCCCAAAGUAGCCCGAAUGCCUCAACCGAGGGCAUCCCUUCUGGCCAGGAAGUUUCCAACAUGUGCGCUAAAAGAGUGCCCCCUCUUGCACAGGGGACCGCGAACAAUCUCAGAGUCGGAGCACCCCACCCUGUAGCCCCGAGGAGGCAACUGUCUGCUAUGUCGGGGCACAUGUCGAGGAAUAGCAUCGGAUCAAAGCAUUCGAGCGAUCUCCAGUCGCUUUCUGAGGCAGACAAGAACUUUGAAAGCAGCAUCCGAAGCAGCCAAAGCAGGAUUUACCCCGAGAUUUUGAUACCUUCGACGCCCUGCCGCUCUUCUGGAGGAGUCAGUGACGGCAUGGUGAGCCUUCUCUCCACCCCUGGCUCGCAUGCCAGCAGUAGACCGAACUCGCUGCAAUCCAAGUUGCAGAUGUUGAACGGAGAUAUGACUCCUUUGACAUCGAAACCGAAGAUGGGAGGACAAGGUUUCGUCGAACCGUCCACUCCUGCUGUUUCCAUUGGAGUCAGUGAACUUGGAACUCCCAGCGUGACCGCUGGAGGGUAUGUAAGCGAGUUGACGUUUGGUAGCAGCGGCAUGACUGGGAACUCAUCAUUGCUAAGUAGCCAAAGCCAGCGGAGCCCUCUUGAUACUUGGAUGACGAAUGUGAAGAGGGUGACGCUCCACGAAGGGGAAUACAACAGAGAUGCCACCCCUAGGAUUGUUCGACGGCAUUCUCUCGACAGCGUGAGCUACGUGGAAGAGCAACCAAGGAGCAAUGGCUUGUCAAAGGACAGCGACAACGCUCCAAAGGCGCCAUCACGCCAAAAGUCCGUUGCAAGCAUAUUGUUUUAA